AUGAAGCGGCGGCUGGUGGCGGCGCCGACGUCGAGACCACGACCACGACCACGACGCACGACAACGACGACGACGUACGACAAACAGAGACGACGAAACGACAUUGCAACACGGACAACGACGAAGACAACGACGACGACGCGACAGACGACGACAAACGACGACGACGACGGAAACGACGAAGACGACGAUGCAACUACCACGACACGACAACGAGGGCGAAGACGACGACGACGACGACGACGACGACAACGACAACGUGGACAGGACUAUAACGGCGCGGCCGGCGGCGGAACCGGCCACCCGGCCGCGUCCUCGCUCCGCUCCGCGCCGCCCGCCCGCCGCGCCGAUGGCCGUCGCGGCGGCGGGCGCGGACGGCGGGGCGGCGGGCGCGGGGCGGCGGCGGCCGGCGGCGGGCGGCGCGGCGGCGGGGCGGCGGCGGCGGGCGCGGGCGGCACGCGCGCUGGAGCGGAGGCCGCCAUAAAUUCGCCGCCGCUGGCAGCGGAGACGGGAGAACGAGAAGAUUGCUGGACGGUGGUAGAGCACUUUGAGAAUAGACGCUGUAGCGGAAAACACAACAUUGAGUUCGUGAAGAUAUUUCAAGAAAAGUGGUGUGAAAUGAUGGAACACUGGCUAAAAACUGUGAUGUGAUGUGGCUGUAAUUACCAUUGGAAAUAACCGUUACAAUUUCGUUGUGCGUGAAAUGGUUAUAUUACGUUAUUUAAAGUCGAUACGUACCUAUAUACUUCUAUAAAGAACGUUCAAUAGGACUGUCAUGCCGCCAAUCUCUCGUCAUAGAGUCUCAAUGUUUGCUUCAUCUUUUGUUUACGUGUGAAACGCAUGAAAACACAGCCCGCAGGCAGCCGUAUUGUUCCAUGGAGCUCCCAGAUCACGGCCCCUACGAGCCCAUGCGCAUGCCGGCCUGCCGCGCGGCCAAGAACGCGCGAAGCUCCGUGGCGUCGAGCCCCGUGCGGCAGUCGCCCCAGCGGACCGUGCGCGUCUGCCGCAGCGAAGACGUCCACCGGCGACCGCGGCGCGCGCCGUCCUGCUCGGACGCGUCGCUGGAGGACGACGACGAGGACGACGACGACGACGACGACGA